AUUUGGAAAACCACGUCUAAUUUUGAAUUGUUUAUUCUAACCAUGUUCUGUGUGUGAAUUAGUCCCGAAUUUUAAUAUUUAGGUAUUGGGGAAGACUCAGUACUAGUUAUGAGUUAAACUUGCUCUAUUUUUAAUUGAAGUGUCUGAUUAACAUGCCGUAGAUUGCGAAAUGGAUCGCAUGGACUUGGAAAAUGAAAAGAUUUGUACAAAUUAUACGUUCGUCACCAGUUUGUGGAAAAUAGUUAGGUUUGAAAGAAUAGAAUUGCAAAACAGAGAACUUUUUUUAUUCUCUCUUUCCUAUAUAACUAUUUUAUUUAGAGAGAGAGAAUUCUUGUCAGGAUGCAUGAACUAAUGCGGUGUCUAAUUCUUUAGUGAUCAACGCUGUUCAAGGUUGUAUGUCUUUUUUCAACCUACUCAAGUUCAAUCCAUUUGGACCUCUUCGAGGUUCUAAACGAAUUUAUUUAUUUUUUAUUUUUUAUUAUGGUGUUAUUACUUUUAUUCUAGUUUAUGAGUAAAAGUCAGUCAGGGUCGCAGAAAAAUUUUGAUUGAGAUUAUUUAGUCAUGAAAUGUUGAUUUUAAAUAUGGCUUCUGGAGACUCCAGUUUAGAUUUGGAUUAAUUUUCGUCUGAUUUUAUUUCCUUUUCUUGUUUAAAUGUGGAAAAUAAAAUAAUGAUAUUAUAACUAACUAUUCAAUGAAUGACAUGUUUUAACAGUUAAACGAUUUCAUAUCACAAUUAAUGCUUGGAAAUUUUGGGUUUUCAAUAAUUUUGUUUGAUCAGAAGCUCAAUGUAAGAAUUGAAAUAAUGAUGUUGGUGAGAUUUUGCAACAGAGAGAAAGACUUGGAUGAAGUGUUGCAGUCACACACUGUUUAUUCAAACGUUUCGAAAGGGGUUCUUGCUAAGUCAAAAGAUUUAUUAACGGCAUUUGGGACAGAUGAUCAGGAGAAAAUAUGUUUGGAGAUUUUGGACGAAGGAGAGCUACAAGUUGCAGGGAAGGAAAGGGAGUCACAGUUAUCAAGUCAGUUUAGGGAUAUUGCUACGAUGGUCAUGCAGAAGACCAUCAACCCUGAAACACAACGCCCUUAUACCAUAAGCAUGAUUGAGCGGCUUAUGCAUGAAAUUCAUUUUGCAGUCGAUCCACAUAGCAGUUCAAAGAAACAGGCAUUAGAAGUGAUUCGUGAGCUCCAAAAGCACUUCCCCAUCAAACGAUCCCCUAUGAGGCUUCGACUUACUGUACCCAAAGAGAACACCUCCUCACUCUUUGAAAGAAUUAAUGAUUGGCAUUUUCCCUUAAACUUUCUUGUUAUGGCGCAGAUUUGUGAACUGGACCCAAGUUCUUUCCGCAGUUGUGAUGCUUUGGUGAGGAAUCUGCAAGGGAGAUUGGAAAUUCUAGCAGUGAAUGUACAUGUCGAUAGUGACACCCAGGUGGAUCAUUACGAUGAUCGUGAAGAUGAACCAUCCACCGUUCACAAGGAUCCUGCUAUUCCUGUUAUGCAACUGAGUGAGAAACUGCAGCAGCAGGGAAUUUCUGUUAAAAAUGGGAGUUCUCAGGGAGGGGCCAAGCAGAACAAAUGCAGCACAUGCAAUGCUUCGAUAGGCAAUGCGAAAGAGUACAGAGAGCACUUCAAGAGCGAUUGGCAUAAACAUAAUUUAAGGAGAAAAACAAGGCAACUCCCUCCGCUUACUGCAGAAGAAUGCAUGGCUGAUAUGGAACUAGGAGACUCGAAGGCCGAUUUAAAGGAAUACUCAUUUUGAGAUGGCACCAAUUUUUCUCUUGCCCUGGUAUAGUUUUGUUCUUUUCCUACACUUGUUUCCAAGAUGUGUGAUGGAUAGCAAUAUGGUGCCUGGGGAUGUUUCUUUUAAUUGUUUCCCUUUUCUAUUAUAUUAGCAUCAUGAUUAAUGACAAGUAUAUUGUGGAAAAUCUUUUAUGUUUGGAAAAGAAGAAUGAGGAACAGCAUAAAUUGGUAUCCUAUCAUAUUCUUAAUUCAUUC